AUGUCCCUGGAUGUGUUUGCUGGCACAGCAACAGGUGCUAGCAACCAGAGUGUUGACAUGGCCCAGCUUCGCCCUCACCAGGAUUGUCCUCCCAGGCUGGCAGCGGGACCCCAGCGGCACCAUGUCUGCCCUCGGAGUCACCGUGGCCCUGUUGGUGUGGGUGGCUGUCCUUCUGCUGGUGUCCAUCUGGAGGCAGGUGCACAGCAGCUGGAAUCUGCCCCCAGGCCCUUUCCCACUUCCCAUCAUCGGGAACCUCUUCCAGUUGGAAUUGAAGAAUAUUCCCAAGUCCUUUACCCAGGAAUUAUUUUCAAUAAUGGACCUACCUGGAAGGACAUCCGGCGGUUUUCCCUGACCACCCUCCGGAACUAUGGGAUGGGGAAACAGGGCUACGAGAGCCGGAUCCAGAGGGAGGCCCACUUCCUGCUGGAAGCGCUCAGGAAGACCCAAGGCCAGCCUUUCGAUCCCACCUUCCUCAUCGGCUGCGCGCCCUGCAACGUCAUAGCUGAUAUCCUCUUCCGCAAGCAUUUUGACUACAAUGAUGAGAAGUUUCUGAGGCUGAUGUAUUUGUUUAACGAGAACUUCCAACUGCUCAGCACUCCCUGGCUCCAGCUUUACAAUAAUUUCCCCAGCUUACUACACUACUUGCCUGGAAGCCAUAGAAAAGUCAUGAAAAAUGUGGCUGAAAUAAAGGAGUAUGUGUCUGAAAGGGUGAAGGAGCACCUUCAAUCUCUGGACCCCAACUGCCCCCGGGAUCUCACCGACUGCCUGCUUGUGGAAAUGGAGAAGGAAAAGCACAGUGCAGAGCGCUUGUACACAAUGGACGGUAUCACUGUGACUGUGGCCGACCUGUUCUUUGCGGGGACAGAGACCACCAGCACCACUCUGAGAUAUGGGCUCCUGAUUCUCAUGAAAUACCCUGAGAUUGAAGGUAGGCAAGUGACUGGAGGGACACCAUGCGUGCGGAUGCAUCUCCCUGGAUGGCCAGCCUUGUGCAUUUUAGGCUGCAGCUCUCUGUUUGAAGCUGCUUGUUAACCCUCACAGUGAUGUGGUGAGAUGGCUGGAUGCACUGCUUUGAGGGGAGAUGUUACUGUCUGUGCUGGACACCUGAUACUCUUGCACACUGGUCCAUACCCCACGAAGAAGCCCCUGGUUGCAGGAAACAUCCCAACACCAGAGUGGAGAGAGGUGGCAGGGUCUGCAUUCUGCUCCAUAAAUAACCUAUUUAUGACAGAGAAGAUAAUGUCCCAGUUCCCCCGAGUAAGACCUGGUCUUCUAGGCAGAGCAGGUGGGGAGGUUGGAGCUGGAGGGGAGGGUCCUUGCUGGGGCAUCUUCCUCAAAUGCAGAUGUGAGGAGGGAAGUCUAGGAAGAAGCAGCUACAGCUGUCCUGGACCCUCGUCAUUCCUUCCACAGGGCUCCUCCCAGCGGCACCUGGGGCAGUUGGGACUCUGUGCCUGGAGGAGGUGUGAGGGGUGUGGGCCUAGGUGGGCAGAGGGUCGUGUCCUGAGAAGCACCCAUCUGGGCCAAGUAGAGGUGAUGUGAGGGCACCCGCGUGUAAACAGGCCAGUCAGGGCUGGCUCCAGGUAAAGGGGAGGAAAGG